UUAAGUUUUAUGUUGUCAAAGUUCCCAAACAUGGCCUAAGUGAAGUGAAGGAGCGCACAGCAACUUUUAUUAUCCCCUACUAGGGUUUACCCGCCACUCCCGUCUUCCUCAAAUUCUCUCUGCCACGGAUUAUCUUCGCUGAUCUUCAUCUCAUUCUUAAAUUUUUCUACUUCAGUCUCCCUCGCUCUCUCUCCUACAGACAACAGAAACAGGUGCAGGAAGACGACAAAAGGGAGAAAACAGCCAGUGUAUCUAAGGGGAAGAAGGGGGUCUGCAAUGAAGAGAAGUUACAGGAAUCCAGGGAAAAGUUGAUGAAAAAGCAUGCUGAGAUUCAAGAGGCUCAAAAGAAGGCAUGCGAGAAAAGAUGGUCACUGGAGAAUAUGUCUGACUCAAAGGCAGAGGAGAAAAAGAUCACGUCAUGUCAGAAGGAUAUGAUUACAAGGAGACUUUUGUAUGAUAGAAGGAGCGAGAUUAUUGAAACCAUUCCUCAUUUCUGGUUAACUGCUGUGUGUAAUCUAUCCUUCCCCUGUUAUUUUUUUCCUCCGUUUUUAGGUCAUCAUGCCCUUGGCCUUCCUUGAGCGAAGAAGAUCAAAAGAUAUUCGAGUUUCUAAAGUCUAUACAUGUCGAAGGAUACUGAAGACGGUGAAUCUGGGUACACUAUUUUUUAACUUUGCCGAAAAUCAGUACUUCGAGAAUGAAAGUCUUACAAAGAAACUUUUAUACUCCGACAGAGGAGUGGAAACAUGUGGUUGCACUAUCAAGUGGAAGGAUGGCUUUGUUGCUACUACUUGGAAUCAACAGGAAAGUCUUGAUGGUGAAGGAGAGAAACAAGGAUACAUUAACGGUGAGACAAGCUUCAUUAACUGGUUCUCCUACCGUGACGAUGAUAUAAAAGGGAUGACUGAUGAGGUAGCGUACAUGAUUAUAGACGACUUUUGGCCCAACGCAGUCAAAUAUUUCAUCAAUGGAAACUUCACUGAUGAAGAGGAGCUCGCCAUCUGAGAAAGACUGUCAUUUGUUGUUAUGAUAUUGCAACGAGGAAUGACGGAGUCUUUUCUGGAGAUUGUAGAUAGCUUUUCGUGUAAAUAGGGGGAGGUAGUGUUUUUUUUUUCAAUCCAGAUCCUUAAGAAGGGUUGAAAUUUAGAUAUUUGUUAUAGUUGGACUCUCUUAUGGUGGGUUACAUAAUCAAAAAGUUCAUGUAUAUGUUACACAAAGGUUACGGGGGUGUUGGUUUUUGUUGAACAUUUUUUUUUACAUAAUCAAAAAGUUCAUGUGUAUGGUGUUCA